AUUGUCUUUUACUACAGAAGAUGAGAGUGGCAGAAUGGGAAUAUUCAGUUUACAUGAUGCCACAGAAUUUAAAAGCAUUUAAAAAGAAUUCAUCCAGCGCACAUUACACCUGUUUUAAAUAAUGAAGAAGAAUUAGAUUUGAAUCUAUCAGCCGGACCAUCUACUUUUUCUAAUAAUUCCAACAAUAUACAACAAACUGAACCCUGCUUUCCUUCUGCACCUAAACGUUGUCGCCAAUUAAAAUUAUAUGGUUCGACUGAAGGUAACAAUUUAACAGAUGAAGUAAAAAAUUCAAUAGACGAAAGUUUAAUUAAGAUGAUUGUUACUGAUUACCAACCUCUAUCGUUAGUUGAGAACAGUGGGUUUUUAGAAUAUUCUAAAAAAUUGCAACCUUUAUAUAAAGUUCCCAGUAGGAAAACAUUAACUACAAAAUUAUUGCUAAAUGAAUACAAUAAGAUUGUUACAAUAUUAAAAAAAAUGUUGGUAAAUGUAACUAGUUUGUCAAUUACAACUGAUAUAUGGACUUCUGACAAUAAUAUAGCUUAUUUAACAGUUACUUGUCAUUUUAUAUUUGAUGAUCGUCUAUAUUCACCUGUCUUGGCAACUAGAGAAAUGCAUGAAUCUCAUACUGGCGUCAACAUAGCUAAUUUGCUUUCAGAUAUUUUAAAUGAAUGGGGCAUUAAAGAUAAAAUAGUGACUAUAGUCUCGGACAACGGAUCUAAUAUAAAAAACGCUAUAAAUAUACACCUUAGUAAACACCACCAUCCAUGUGUCGCACACACACUCAAUUUAAGUAUUGACGAAGCAAUUUUGUCUAAUAAAGAUUUCCUGGAUGUUUUAAAAAAAUGCCGCACAUUGGUAGGACAUUUUAAACAUAGUGUCUUUGCGUCUGAAAAACUAAAAGAACUGCAAACACAAAUGGGACUUCCUGUAUUAAAAGUAAUACAAGAUGUGAGUACAAGGUGGAAUUCGAGCAUUCAUAUGUUAGAUAGACUUGUACAAAUUAAAGCACCUUUGUCGGCAGCUAUGACAUUUCUUCCCCGUGCACCAGACCUUUUAACUGCACUAGAUUGGGAAUUAAUAACUGAUUGUCUACCUAUAUUAAAACCAUUUGACGUCAUGACAGUUGAGUUAUCUGGUGAAAUAUAUCCAACACUUUCUUCAGUCAUUCCAUUAGUAAGGGGCCUUCAACAUACAUUAAAAAGUAUAAUAACUAAUACAACUGCUGGAAAUGCACUUCAAAAAAUUGUAAUUGAAGUCAUCGUUAGACGAUUAGGUAUACUAGAACGUGAUAAAAUAGUUGCUAAAUCAACCUUUUUAGACCCUAGGUUUAAAAAAGCAGGUUUUGUAUUAAUUGAAAAUGCAAAUAAUACCGAAAAACUGCUUAUGGAAGAACUAUCUGAUAUAUUAAAUAAUAAACACCAGGAAGAUACAUGUAGUGUACCUAUCAACAGUAUCAACGUCGAAUCCAAUGUAUUAUGGAAACAAUUUGACACGAAAGUGUCCCAGAUCAGAAGCACUUUAUCAACAGGAAUUACAGCUUCACUUAUAAUACGUCAGUAUUUAGAAAUGCCAUAUUUAAAUCGCAAGCAAAGUCCACUGGAUUUUUGGAAAAAAAACAAAAAUACUUUUCCAGAAUUGUACAUGUUGCAAAUGAAAUAUUUGAAUGUUCCCGCAACAUCGGUUCCAUCGGAACGCGUGUUUUCUAAAGCAGGGCAGAUUACCAACGACCGUAGGAAUAGACUUCACCCAAAAAACUUGGAUUUUAUUAUUUUUUUAAACAGGAACACAAAUAUUGAAUUUUAAUUAUAAAUUAAAUUUGUUAUCAGAACCUUCAUUUAAUUGUAAAGCUAAAUAUUUUAAAUUGUAUUACACAA